CAAGCCUUGCAGCCGGUUUCUACACGGAGGAGCACCUGUUCGUCUUCCUCUCCUCUUGAGGUGUUCCAGACGUCAAAGCUAAAUGAUUCUUCCGGUCUUCUUGAUAUGCCAGAAAUCAGAGCGACGGAUUCUUCUUCCUCUUGGUUGUUUUUUCGUUCCUGUUGCUUGCGUCAUUUCAGCAGCGUGUGCUGGAAAGAGAGGAGAGCGAGGAAGUUCUGAUGGUGCGUGAUUCUUUGGGAGGUUUCUUGGCUCCAUUGGCCGUACUCGGGUGAUGCCGAUGAUGCAGGUUAUUCUAGGCAUCUCGAAGAGGUGGUAUCUUCUUCAUGAGCUUAACGAGAUGCGCCCAAGUGUCGGCACUGUCCGGAACGCCGUUGAGGAGGAGGGGUUUCAAAAGAGGGUUUGCGCAUGCAAGGUGUUUGUUGUUGGUUCCCAGAGAAGGAGGGUGAGGAGUUUGAUGGUAUUUGCCAAGAGGAGGAGUACGAAGAGGCAACCUUGGUGCAAGAGUUUGUUCUCCGAUGCAUGGGGUUGGCCUCACUGGAGCUCAGAUGAUGUUCUCAGUGGCGUCAAUGGAGAAGAAGAGCUCUGUUUCUAAGGAUGACAUAUUUAACAGAUGAUCCAAUGGAGAUAAUGAAGGAGAAGGGAUUUAUUGAGGCUUUCAGAGAGUCUAAUUUUAUGAGGACGAUGAUGACAUGCUGUUUGAAGGCUGAGUUUUCGAAUAUGCUUCUACAAACUCUCGAUAUGUAGAUUCGUCCCCAAGCUAUCACCUAAUGUACUUAACAUUUUCCGAGAAAUGAAGAGGCAUUAGAGAACUUCUUUUUCACCAGGUAUUUUGGCUACUCUCAGGAGGAGAUUUCUCGAUGAGGGUCGCUCUCCAGAUCACAUGGGGCCUACAGAGUCACACCUUGUGGUUGAGAAAAAUUCUUCUACAAGUGUGAUUGUCAAAGAGCAGAUUCUCUCUACCGAAGAUCAUAGUUUAUCAACGACUCAUUUGCGUGGUGCAAGUUCCUUAAAAUCAACAAAAAGUGGUCAAGAGAAGGGCAGCUUUUUGGGUAAAGGUGGAGAACAACAUUUUGUCUACCAGUCCAAUGUGUAUGCCCCUCAGCCACAUACAGUCUUUUCUGGAGGAUACUUCAAUCAUCUGGGUCAAUGGGAAGAAUAUCCACAUGUCGCCAGUGCAGAUGGAACUGACACUGCAUCUCCUGUGAUGUACAGUUCUUAUUCCCCUGUGCCAACCAUGGGAGACAGCCAACCGUAUUUCCCUUUGCACUACCCUCUGUCAAGUCCUUACUACCAGCCACCUGCUUCUCCUAGCAUGGGAUAUUCAAAUUCUGCAAGUGGAAUGUCGCAUUUUGAUCCUAUGCAUGAGUAUUGCCUUCCUGAUGGACUUUUGUAUUCACCAACUCCUGGGCUCCACCGGUCUUUCAGUUCCUUUGAUGGAACUCAAAUGCAACAAAGUGUUCCUGGAUUUUAUGGACAAGGGAACAUACCUUCUGGAAUGCAUCAGGGAUCUAUGUAUGGCUCUGGAUCAUACAAGGCACGGCAGCAAAUUGGUAAUUUUGGUGGCAGUACACCAAGUUGGGGUGCUGGCAGUCGUAGAUUUAGUCCCCUCGACAGGGGCUUCAAGCAUGAUAAAGGCUCUCUUGAGUUUAUGAAUGAGCAAAACCGUGGUCCACGGGCCACCAAACCCAAGAAAGAAGUGAAUAACUCUUCAACUGAGGAGAAAAAUAGGAAAACCCAAUUAACAAUUGAUUCUAGCUUGUACAACCAACCUGACUUUACCAUUGAAUAUGAGCAUGCCAAUUUUUUUGUAAUAAAGUCAUAUACUGAAGAUAACGUACACAAGAGCAUAAAGUAUGGUGUUUGGGCCAGCACUGCUAGUGGUAACAGAAAGUUGAAUGCUGCUUACCAUGAAGCAAAAGAGAAAGAAGCCAAUUGUCCGAUCUUCUUGUUUUUCUCGGUUAAUGGCAGUGGUCAGUUCUGCGGUGUGGCUGAGAUGAUUGGACCUGUGGACUUCGACAAGAGUGUUGAUUACUGGCAGCAGGACAAGUGGAGUGGCCAGUUUCCUGUAAAAUGGCACAUUGUUAAGGAUGUCCCAAACAACCUUCUUCGGCACAUCAUUCUUGAGAACAAUGACAACAAGCCUGUGACCAACAGCAGAGAUACACAGGAGGUGAGACUGGACCAAGGACUCCAGAUGCUAAAAAUCUUCAAGAAUCACGUGGCUGAGACGACUAUCCUCGAGGAUUUCGACUUCUACGAGGAAUGGGAGAAAGCCAUGCUGGACAUCAGACAGCGGCAGAAGCAGCAGUAUGGUGAUUCUGAGCUCCAGAAGCCGACGGAGGCCAAGGAACCAGUGGACCUUGUGACCCAAAUCUCAGCCACCUUUGCACGGGCUGUCCAGCUGGGAGAAACCAAGGGCAGCAGGGAAGACAGACCAAAGGUUGAUGAUGCUUCUUCUGCUGCUGUUGCUGAGGACAAGCCUGUUGCUCUUGUUAAGACUGAAGAAUCCUUAGCAGAUUCAGAGCCAAGUCCUCUGAAGGAAGGUGGCUGAUAUUUCUCCUUUCACAUCUAAUACGGAGCAGCAGCUGGGUCAUGUGAUGUUAACAUGGAAGCAAGUAUAUCAAAGGUGGUUGAUAUGUGUGAAAACUGGAAGAACUGCUGCUUCUGUGCUGGCACCAAUAGGCAGGCUGGAGAUGAAGGCUUUGGUUCACCUCCAGUUAGGUUAUGAUGUAUUAAUGCCAGUCCCAGUUUCUUCCAUGUCCAUUUCUCCUGCUCCACAGGAGCCACCAAAAAUGGUGCUCAGUGGUUUAGCCAUAAAGGAAAACUGCAUAUAUAGGCCAGAGCUUUGUACAGCCUGCAGUUAAAUUAGGUUGCCUUAAUUUUUUCAUACGAUAAAAUUUCUGCAGGGAAGUGCCAAAGUUCUCC